UUGUCCUAAUGCCAUCUAAAACUGAGAUUUGACACAAAUAACACAAGUAUAAAAAUUUCAAUUUUUUAUCACUUAUUUAUUUAAUCAUCACUCUGGUGGAUUAAAACUGAUUUACAUUUAUUAGGAUAGGAGGUCAGGUCAGGUACUUAGAGAAAAAUUAAUAAAAAUAGGUAGAAGAAAAUAAUAAAAAUAGAACACUGCUCGGCAAAAAAAAUAGGACACUAUCUUGAAUAAUAACCGUCACUUCUUCCUCUGUAUUUGCAAUUCAAUACCGUUAAUCAAAAGGAAAAAACAGUCCUCUCAGAAUCCUUGAAACCUAUCAUACAUUCUUGAAACCUCUCAAACAUUAACGUCCCUACCAUUUUUCAUCACCUUGAAAGGUUUGCACAGCCUCAUUUGAGCGAGCAAAAAGGUUUUGUUUAUCGUGUGUAGUUUUUGUGAAAAGCUCCAGGUUUCGUAGAAAUGGGUGGUGCAGAAGCCCCAGGUGCAAGAGAGCUUGACCAGACACCCACAUGGGCAGUCUCUGCAGUUUGUGCUGCCAUUGUCAUGAUCUCUAUCGUCCUGGAGAAGGUUCUUCAUUGGAUUGGAGAGUGGUUUCAAGAAAGACACAAGAAAGCUCUGUAUGAAGCUCUUGAGAAAGUUAAAGCAGAGCUUAUGGUUUUAGGAUUCAUAUCCUUGCUCCUGACUUUCAGUCAGAGCUACAUUUCCCAAAUCUGUAUUAAAGAAAAAUAUGCAAACACAAUGUUGCCUUGCCCCAGAAAGGUCGAACAUGAUGAACAUAAAUCUCCCUCUGUCGCGGAGGAUCAUCAUCGCAGGCUUCUAUGGUACGAUCGCAGAUUUCUAGGUGGUCAUUCCAAUGUUAAAGGAUGCAAACCUGGAUACGUGCCGCUCAUAUCUGUGAAUGGACUGCAUCAGUUACAUAUCUUCAUAUUCUUUUUAGCAGUUUUUCAUGUGUUCUACAGUGCCAUAACAAUGACGCUUGGAAGAUUAAAGAUUCGAGGAUGGAAAGAAUGGGAAAUGGAAAAUCUCAAGGAGCAUGAAGCUAUGAAUGAUCCAACAAGAUUCCGGCUCACUCAUGAGACAUCAUUUGUAAAAAGCCACAUGAGUUUCUGGGCGAAAACGCCAGCCCUCUCUUACAUUGUGUGCUUCUUUCAACAAUUCUUUAUAUCUGUUAGAAAAGCUGACUAUUUAACCAUGAGACAUGGAUUUGUUGCUGUUCAUUUAACACCUGGAAGUAACUUCGACUUUCAAAAGUACAUUAAAAGAUCAUUAGAAGAUGACUUCAAGGUAGUUGUGGGAAUCAGUCCAUUGCUCUGGGCCUCUGUAGUGCUCUUUCUGCUGUGCAAUGUUAAUGGAUGGCAGGCUACGUUCUGGUUUUCUCUUCUUCCUAUAGUCGUAAUCUUAGCAGUUGGAACAAAGCUUCAAGCAAUAAUAACAGAAAUGGCACUUGAAAUACAAGAAAGACAUGCUGUAGUCCAAGGAAUUCCACUUGUGGAAGUCUCUGACAGGCAUUUUUGGUUUAGUUGGCCUCAGCUAGUCCUUUAUCUCAUCCACUUUGUUCUGUUUCAGAAUGCAUUUGAGCUAACAUAUUUCCUGUGGAUAUGGUAUGAGUUCGGGUUGCAUUCGUGUUUUCACGAGAAUUUAACUCUCAUCUUCUUAAGGGUUGCUCUCGGGGCAGGAGCUCAGUUUCUCUGUAGUUACAUUACACUUCCACUGUAUGCCCUUGUUACUCAGAUGGGAUCAACCAUGAAGCGAUCGAUUUUCGAUGAACAAACUUCCAAGGCCUUAAAACAAUGGCACAUGAAAGCUGUGAAGAAAACGCAUGAUGGGAAGCCUGAACACACAGGUACCAGGGCCUUGGGAGGAAGCCCUGGUGAUUCUCCAACUCAUGCACAUAAUGGAGCUCAAGCAGGAGGUGAUAAAGUGGCAGAUGUUGAAGCAGACCAGACAGAUAUUACUGGAGAUCAAGAUGAUCCUAAAAACCCAUAUAGUCAACAUGAUCUACGAAGUUGAUUAUUCUUCAUUGUAGCACAGAACAAAAGGUUUGAUGUUUUAGGGUAGCAAACACAAAGCCAUAUUAGUUAAUAGUUACCGUUUUUUUUUUUUUUUUGAAAAAAAUUAUUAGCUUCCUUGUCACUAUUGGAUUGGAAGGUUAAUUCUUGUUUGCAAUAAAUAUUAUUCACAGAUCUUAUACUCAGUUUUUUAUACAAU